CCGACGGUCUCGCAUUGCCGCUGUACCUCAACGUCUGGUAGUUGGUCCUGUCAGUUUGUUAGAAGCUGCAGCUCGGAGAAGAUUAACGUAGAGUAAGGUGGUAUUAUAAAAAACCCAGCCUUAGGCGGGCAGAAAAAAAAAAGUAUAUAGGAAUCGCCGUUUAGUCUUUCCUGGUGUAGCUGUGGUCUCCGGGCAACCGCCUGCUAUACAAACCUACCUCCGGCCUAAAGUGGUCAACUGGAUGCUGCUGGGGAGCUGGGAUUAGCCGUAUUUCAUGCCUCCAAUUGGUGGCUGGCUGGUCGUGGUGUCAAUCAUUCUCUCCCCCACCUCUCUAAGACUCCAGGCGAGGAGGGAAAAGGUCAGCGCCGCCAGCGGAGACCGACAGGAUUCAUAUACAAUUCAAAUUCAACUCCCUGUUCAAAGAACUCUGGAAAACUGAAGAUGCUCAGUGUACCUCAGAGGAUUCUCAACAUUACACAGUGUUAAAAGUCUUUAUCAUUUUUUCUCCUUAGGAAAACAGAAAAAAAGUUUGUUUCAUCCAGAAUGGCUUGUUCUAGAGCUUGCUCAGGAGAAAAUGGAGGACAGGCCACUUCUCAGAGUAACAGUGGUGAUAAUGAGAGACAAUGGCAGCAGGAACGCCUCAACAGAGAGGAGGCUUAUUAUCAAUUUAUUAAUGCACUCAGUGAUGAAGACUACAGGUUAAUGAGGGAUCGUAACCUUCUUGGGACUCCAGGGGAAAUAACAGCAGAUGAGCUUCAGCAACGUUUGCAAGGUGCAAAGGAGAAUCAGGCAUCCCAGUCUGAGCCAGAAAGUAGAGAAUGGGAAGGUGAUACUGCUGGAUAUUCAGAGACGCUUGGGGAAAACAUAACCAGCAACUCUUUGCUAGAGUGGCUAAACACAUUCCAUCAUACAGGAAAUUCCAUGCAUAGUGGACAGAGUGGGAAUCAGACUUGGAGGGCUGUCAGCCAGGCAAACCCAAGUAGUGGAGAAUUCCGGUUUAGUCUUGAAAUAAAUAUAAAUCAUGAACAUAACAAUGAUAUUACUCCUGGGGAACAACUGAAUGAGUUCUUGUAUGGCCAUUCCAGUAGAAUGCAUAUGGAAAAUAGACCUCUAAUCGCAAAUAGCCCAGUAGCCAGCAGAACUAGGAGCAGGACAUUAGGUAAUUCAGUUGGCCAUGGAUUUGCCUCAUCAGGAAUUGGAAAUAUUAAUGGUUUGCUGACUCAGAAUGCUGAAGAAACUUCUCGAUUCUUCUCCGGUAGACUUGGAACUAGAAAUAGAAGUUCAGCAAGUUCAACACCCAACAGCCUUUUAGAUGACAAUGAACACAACAUCAUUAGGCAAAGGAGAACACAGAGAGUGACACCAGUAAGACUUCACAGAGGGAGAGCUAGAACUCGGAGAAAUGCAAGGCAAAGGACAGAAAUUUUAAGACUAAGAUCAACUUUUAGUAGUCAGUUCCAGUCUCUUUUGGAAAGUGGGCAACCAAUGAAUAUACAACAAAUACAUGCAGGAGCUAAUAGGGCACACAUAACCCAGUCUUCUCCAGAACAAACUGAGGAACAAGCACCAUCGCUGGGUAUAACUUUGGAAGAGGAAGAAUCUGUAAGAGCCACAGCUGCAUCUAGAAGGCACCCUAGUAUUACAUUAGAUCUUCAGGUGAGGAGAAUUCGUCCCAGAGAAAAUAGAGAUCAUGACAGUAUUGCUACUAGAACUCGUUCAAGAGUGGGCAUGGCAGACAACUUGGUCACUCUUGAAAAUGAUAACGAAGGAUUUAUUCAGACUGUUUCACGAUCUGAACAUGCAGGCAUACGGACAUACGUUAACACCAUACGGAUACCUCUUCAUAGGGUGUCAGAUACUGGGCUUGGUGAGUCUUCAUCAGUGGCUGUCAGGUCAAUUUUAAGGCAAAUUAUGACUGGAUUUGGAGAGCUAAGCUCCUUAAUGGAUACAGAAACAGGUUCUGAAAUUGAGAGGAAUAGUCAGCACUUGUCAGAUAUGCAGCCCCAAAUGCCUAACUUGGACACUUCAAAUAAUACUGAUGAAUUUAAUGCAACUUCACACAGGAAUAGAUUAACUGAACGAGGUAGCAGGGAAAGGCAUGGAGAGACAAAUACUACCCAACACCAUCAUCAAAAUAAUAGUACCCAAAAUAGCAGAGCAUCAUUUGUUGAAAACGGAACACUUCCCAUUCUUCGCCUUGUACCCUACCUUUUAUUAGAAGAAGAUUCUAGUGACAACUUGAGAGGAUUAACCAAAGACCAGAUUGAUAAUCUUUCUACCCGGAAUUAUGGGAAUGCCCACUCAGAAGAUGAUGAAAUAAGUAAGACAUGCAGUGUAUGCAUUAAUGAAUAUGUUGUAGGAAACAAGCUAAGACAAUUACCAUGUAUGCAUGAAUUCCAUUUCCACUGUAUUGAUCGCUGGCUUUCUGAAAAUUCCACUUGCCCAAUUUGUCGGCAACCUGUAGUAACUUAAUAUUGCAGGCAGUAGAUAAAUCCUCAAAUCCAGAGGCCUCUUUUUUACUGACUUUGAAUAAUAAGAGGGGAUGUUUUAGAUAUGUUUAAAAUAGGAGAAAAUCGGAUUAUUUGAUAAAGGAUCUACCUAACUUCCAAGUACAGGUAUAAGAGUAAAUAUUCAAAUUACCUUAAUGAAAUUAUAUUUUUCUAUAUAAUUUUGUUAUGCAAAGCACUUCUGUAAUAUAGACGUUCAGGAGCUUAUGUUAUUAAUAACAUACUUUUUAUUGAGAUUUCCAUUUGUUUUGUGCAGUUAUAAAAUAAUUUUAUUAGCUGUUCUAUAAACAGUCCCCCUUUUUAUGUUGCCAAAGAAGGAACAUUGGGGCGCCUAGCAAAAGGUACUUGUUAUUUGAAGUGCUUUUAAUAUAUGGUGUAUAUUUUUAUGGAAUAUACUGCACAUUUGGCUUUAUUUAAAUGUUUUAUAGGCAGUUUUGCAUGCUUUGUAUACAGUUUCCCAUUGACACAUUAAGGUUUAAAUUUUAAGACCAACUGAAAUUUAACUCUAUCAACUGAUUUGGACAUUCUGCAUUUUAGCAUAUUCAGCCAUAAGGUUAGAGUGGAUGAUUGCUAAUCCACACUUGCCAGUUCUCUGUUCGUUUCAGAACAUUAUUUAAAGAAAAGAGAAGCAUAUAUUUAAUAUGGCUGUGCAGCACUUUGGAUACAAAAGGAAAAUGACACUUUGGAGUGUACAGGAGUGCUCAUGUGGCCCUUGGCAACUUCUUGAAGGAGUGAUGUCUUUUCCUUGGGUCAUGCACCCAUUCUCCACACCUGUAAGCCCUGGGAAAGAGGCUUUGGUUAAAGAGUUGUUAAAAGAUGCUGCCUGAAUGCCUCUGCAUGCUCCAAAGCACCAUUUCCCCUUAAAUCCGAAGCACUGCACAUCCCUGAUAUUUAAUGUAUUUGACACACAUGAGAACAGAUUAAUUUUUAACAGAAUUUUAAUUUGUACAUGAAUGAGGGCAAUGAUAAGUACUUCCUUAUACCAUGCAUGAUUCCCUUUUUUUUAAGCAAUUCUAUCAGUUUGCUGUGAACAAAGAGCAUGUAAUUAUCGUUAUCUUAAAAUGGAGAACUUCCUGAGGAUUUUGUUGUUAAAGAAAAGAAAAUGUAUGUUUACUGUACAAUACCAGAAACAUCUGUAUUCUUGGGUUGAAGGCAUAUUAUACCAAUACCUGAUAAAGGAAUAAAACUACAAAAAUGGAAGAGUUGUGAAUCAUUUAUAUCAGCUAAAAUAUGAGUGAGAAAACAGGUGUCAUGUCUAAUAAGAUAUGCACUGCUUAUUUCUUUCUUGCAACUAGUUCAAGCCAUUGAGCUUGGUUUGUAGUAAAUAGCUUAAGGACAAAUGUCUAUCAAUUAUAGUUUUAGAAUGUUUUGUAUGUUGUUUCAUCAUAGAAUGGGGUGAACAGUUUAGGGCCCCAGAGUGUUUCCUGAAAUAAUUUUCCCUCUUGAAGUAGUACAUGUGAAAGGAAUCUGGUAUCCUUAUUGAUCACGUGAAACAUGAGCCAGCAGUGCACUGCAGAUGUUAAAAUGGUAAAUGCUAUAUUAGGGUGCAUAUAACAGAAGCCCAGAGUACAAAUCAUAGGAAAAAUUAUUCUCUUUUCUGUCCCAGUCACUCCAUUUGGACUACUGUGUCCAGUUUGGGUAUCGCUGUUCAAAAAGGCUCCCACCCUGAUGGCAUUCCAGAAGGCCUUAAAGACCUGGCUAUUUUCCCAGGCCUUGGGGUAGGGUGGAUGGAACCCCUUGUUAGAUGUGUUU